AGCUGUUAUGGUGUACACGUCAAAUAAAAAACAAAAGUUUCAGAAAAGCCGAUAAGUCUGGAAAGAUUGUUUGAUGGAUAAGUUUUAUUGAUAAGUAAAAUCCACGUAAACUCACAAAACGGUUUUCUAAUACUUACUUAAAAUGUUGACAGAAAAUGCUUUGGUUACAUUUUUGUGUAUGUUGACGUUGGUGCCACUAGACUGUGGUGCUGUGGAGGGAUUUAAUAAAUCACCAAAGGAGAUAAAAGAAAAGUCAUCCAAACUACCACCUUGCAAAUCAUGUACAGUGCUUGUGGAGUCAUUCAAUGUGGGCUUGGAAAAAACUAGUCGCGGUAAACAUGCUGGUGGUGAUGCGGCUUGGGAAGAGGAGAAGCUACGUUCGUAUAAAACCAGUGAAGUGCGUUUAGUAGAGGUGCAAGAGCAAUUAUGCCGAGAUGUUAUACGUGGUCAGGAUCAGUGUCAUACCAUGGCCAAUGACCAUGAACAUUUGCUUGAAGAAUGGUUUUUGCAUAAGCAAACUGACAUGCCUGACUUGCAUGCUUGGCUUUGUAUUGAACAAUUGAAAAUGUGUUGCCCGGAAGGCCAUUUUGGAGUGGAGUGCAAAGCCUGCACUGAUUGCAGUGGGAAUGGAAAAUGUAAGGGUGCUGGCACUAGAAAAGGCAAUGGAAAAUGCGCUUGUGAUAAGGGAUUUACGGGUGAUAAAUGUAAUAAGUGCGCUGAUAAUUUUUACGAAGCUUACAAUGAUGGGGAAAAGAUGCUAUGCUCCGAAUGUCAUAAGUCUUGUAGCGAGGGAGGGUGUGCCGGUGCAGGGCCAAAAGCGUGUCGCAGUUGCAAAGAUGGUUGGAUUAUGGUCGCAGAUUCAGGUUGUCAAGAUGUGAAUGAAUGCCUAGUACAGAAACGACCUUGUCGGCCGAAUCAAUUCUGCGUAAACGAUGAGGGUACCUAUUCAUGCCUGGAAUGUGAUCGUUCAUGUGAUGGUUGCGAGGGUGAUGGACCUGACAUGUGUAAGCAAUGUGCUGCUGGCUAUACAUUAAAAGAUGGGAAAUGUCAAGAUGAUUCAUCUGAGCAACGCGAUCAAUUCGUGAAUAUUACACGUUUACUCACCUACUUUGGCCUUUGCAUAGCCACUUGCGUUAUAUUCCAAAGUUCAACACACAUCGCUUACAUUGUGGGAGCCGCUGUAGCCAUUUAUAUAGCAGCAUCCGAAUAUUGGCUAAAUUCUACAGGAACAUCAGGAGCAGCUAAACCACAAUUCGAUACUAAACAACUAGAAGAUUUAAUUAUGAAAUCACUUUAAUAAUAUCAAAUAAUUGUUACGCGAAAUAUAUACAAACGUUCGGAAAAUGCAAAAGUUGAAAACGAAAACAUAAACGGCGUGAGCGCGGGCGAUCCAAUAAGCAAUAACACAAAAACCGAAUUGUAAUUGCGAUUUACUAGUAACUUUAUUAACACCAACGCCUCAAGUAGGUUAUAGGUAAAGUGUUUUGCACAUACAUACAUAUUUACGAGUAUACGACGUACAAUCAGCCUCCAUUCAUUCAUCGCUCGUAGUAUUUGUAGUAGAUACCCGCUUUAUCGAGUAGCUGACGGAUUUUUAUACUUACUUACAAACAUACAUACAUUGAUAAAAUUUAUAACGAGGCUAUGCAAACGUAUUUAUUAUUGUUGUAAUUGUUUUAAAUUAUAAUUAGUUCGUACUGAGUUGAAGUGCAAUGCCUGAAUGCCAAAAACAAAAUCUAAAUUUAAGCGCACUAUUAGCUGAUAAAUAUGAAUAUGAAUAGAAAUUAUAUGUACGAGUAUGUAACCGAUUAACCUAAAAUGUAUGUACGUAACUGCCAUUUUACUAAAUGGAUGUUGUGCGCAAUUUUGGAAUAAACUUCCGUUUUUCACAAAA